AUGACUCGUUGCAUCUAUCUAACAGACGACCCCCCAGGUAGAUCCCGGGUCCAUGCGAGGGCCGCUUCUACCUACAUGACCCUUCUACUUUGUUUGACAGUGCACUUAGCACCGGGGAGAAGAAUUUGGCAUGCAUCAUUGCAUCGCUGCACACCGUAUCGGAAAAAUAACCCCGGCAGAAGGGAGAGGGAGAGAGAGCGUAAAAAAAAAAAAAAAGAUCUCACAACUCGAAGCGUGGGGAAGCAGAAACUUAGAAUGGCGCCAAAGAAUGUGAGAGCACUCAGUAGACAUGGGAUACGUGUUGCCGUUUCAAUCUUAAACCUUAAGCCUAAAUCUUGA